UCCCGGGCAGCGCUGCUGUUCAAACCCUGGCUUUGUGUUGGUGGAGCAUCUCUGCUCUGAUCGCGUGAAGACAGGUCUGACGGGGACGUAAACAUUAAGAGGGGGGUGACGUCAGCAGCAGCAGCUCCAGUCAGUAAAAAGACUUCACCUCCUCCACCUCCUCCUCCAUCUGCGCUGCUGCCUGCUCCCCUGAGGCAGAGUUAAAGUCCUGCCGCCGCUCCGCUGGGACUAAAACACCAUGGGGGGACUAGAUGCGCUCCGUCAGUUCACGUUGAUCAAAUGGCUGAGAGAGGAGCGACAGUCCAGGAAACUGAUUCUCUUCAUUGUUUUCGUCGCUUUGCUCCUGGACAACAUGUUGCUGACGGUGGUCGUUCCCAUCAUUCCCAGCUACCUGUACAACCUGGAUGAGUCUGCGGAUGUGGAGAUAAGGAACGGCAGCCUAUCGCCACAGGCUCCCUCCGGCUCUUUCCACGCUAUUGUGUCUUUGUAUGACAACAGCGUCAGGUUAUCGGGCUCCAACUCCACCAUCGGCACGGCUGACCUGGCCCGCCCCACCCCGGCCCACGCACCGCUUCCACGCAACUCCUCCGACUGCCCUCAGUCCACCAGCAGGCUGCUCAACGAAAAUGUCAAAGUUGGGAUGUUGUUUGCUUCCAAGGCCACUGUGCAGCUGCUCACCAACCCCUUCAUAGGGCCGCUGACCAACAGAAUUGGAUACCAACUUCCUAUAUUUGCUGGCUUCUGUAUCAUGUUUCUGUCUACCAUCAUGUUCGCCUUUUCAUCCAGUUACACUUUGCUGUUUCUGGCCAGAUCGCUUCAAGGUGUUGGCUCCUCCUGUUCGUCAGUGGCUGGACUGAUCGGACGUGCUAACUGCAGUGAUUCUCAGUCAUUGUUGUCUCCCACAGUCGGGCCCCCGUUCGGCAGUGUGAUGUACGACUUUGUUGGGAAAACAGCUCCUUUCCUCAUUCUGGCAUUCCUGGCGCUCUUUGAUGGGGCUCUGCAGCUCUUUGUUCUUCAGCCUACCAAGGUGGAACCUGAGAGUCAGAAGGGAACGCCACUGUUCACGCUGAUGAAGGAUCCGUACAUCCUGAUCGCUGCCGGUGCCAUUUGUUUUGGAAACAUGGCAAUUGCCAUGAUGGAACCAACCCUGCCAAUCUGGAUGAUGGAGACCAUGUGUACCAGGAAGUGGCAACUAGGCAUCGCUUUCUUACCAGCCUCCAUCUCCUACCUUAUUGGAACCAACAUCUUUGGCUCGUUGGCACACAAGAUGGGAAGAUGGCUUUGUGCUCUCAUUGGAAUGGUGGUGGUCGGCUUCAGUGUUAUUUGCGUUCCUUUUGCCAGAGACAUCUACGGUCUUAUUCUUCCAAACUUUGGUGUUGGUUUUGCUAUUGGCAUGGUGGAUUCCUCCAUGAUGCCUAUAAUGGGUUACUUGGUGGACCUGAGGCAUGUGUCCGUGUAUGGAAGUGUGUAUGCCAUUGCUGAUGUAGCUUUCUGCAUGGGAUUUGCUUUGGGUCCGUCCAUUGGAGGAUCCAUAGCUGAGAGCAUCGGCUUUCCUUGGCUGAUGACCAUCAUCGGAGUAGUGGACAUUUUCUUCGCUCCUCUCUGUUUCUUCCUUAAGAAUCCGCCUGGACAAGAAGAGAAAAUUGCGAUCUUGAUGGACACAAAUUGUUCAAUGAAGACAAGGUCCUACACUACGCAGGGGACGUACUACCAGGGCGACGACAUGGACCCAGAAUAUGACGAUUAUGAUUAACAAGACGACAGCCGAGCAGCUGAACCCCCUCAGAUUCUAUAUUUUGUUGUACAAAAAAAUUUAAAAAAAAAAAGAAAAGAAAAGAAACCCGGGGAAUAAAAUGAAGCAUCACAGCCAAGAUAAUUCCACGUCAAUGUUCCUGCAUUUGGUCGUCACUGUUCAGUGUUCUCUUCACAGUCGUAUCGGAGGAAGCCAAAGUUGUUCUUAAAAUGUGCAUUUUGUGACAAGUGGUUUUAGCCGACAGCCUUAUUCAGAUGUGUCAAAAAGCACUUUGCAGACAGGAAGGGCAGCGAGGACAGUCUCUCUGACGGUUUAUUUCGAAUCCAGAACUUGUUCAUAUUUAAUGUUUUUUGCCCUUUGAGUUCAUGUGUGUCAACAUUACUGUCUAGAAAAUAUUAGCGGAACUUGAUGUCCGGGUUGUGAUAACUGCUAAGUGUGUGAUAUGUCAACAAGGGUAAGGGAAAUUUGUUACAUUUGUUUCAAAUUGAUGCAAAUAAAUGUUAUGGAUGAGCUGCAAGGGGACAACAGUAGUGCCAAAAGUAAUUCAUUAUUUAAACCAAGAAUAUUGGUUUUCGUUUGGCCAUGUGUUCAGCUUUGAUUCCACAGAAUUUGACUAACCCAUGGAAAAAAAGAAAGAUACAAAAUUAAUUAAAAAAAAAAAGCAGCAAGUACAAACAUAAUAACGUAAUGAAGAAUCUGUAACAUUUUCAGUCCAGGAUCUAUAUGGUUCUAAUGUAGGGUCCCUUUUGUUUUUGUUUCUGCUUUUGUAUGUUGAAUUUUGGCAACACAGGUUAACAGUUAACAAAAGUAGCUGCUGUCCUGUUUUUUUUUUUUUUUUUUUUAAAAAAACAUAUCAAAUAGGAGU